CCACGCUUGCGCCGCAGAGACGCGUCUCGACGUCAUCGAAGCAUUCAAAUGCUCGAUGAUGACAUGCACAAAGCGUCCCCGACCAUACCUCUCUGUCGGCCGGGACAUCCAGCGGGCUUUCACCGCGCGCGCCCUCCGGCGCAUGCAAGAUUGCCGUCAAAUUUCUCUCUUUCACCGGCUACCCUUCGCAGCCAGCACGCCGUGCGCCUUCACCAGAUUGUCGCGGACAUUGGGCCUCCCUUAACACGGCGGUCUAUUCGAGCCCGCCGCUAUCAACAAGCCAUCCAGGGCUUGCUUACGCGCGAAGUGCUGUUCCAGUUCGACACCUCCACUCCGUCUCCUUUCGCCUCGCCAACCCGCAUUCGAUCUUCCGGGCAGCCCUGGACGCCCGUCGCGCUCCGACCUCCAUUUCAGCAGUAGCUCGCCGAAGUCACAGGGGGGUUCGUAGAUGCCCGGGAGUAUACAGUAGAACGUUCCUUCUGUACCUCGUAAACGACUUCUCUGUCACGGGCUG